GCCGGUCGAAGUAUUAAACAGAUGGCGCCAUCAUAGCUUGUCCUGUCAAUCCCUAAAAUUGUGUCAAAUUCUUGUUUUUUUUUUUUUUUUUUUUUUGUGACCUGGAUUUCAGUACUUUAAGCCAAAUCUCAGAACAAAACUAGAGACAGGGGCAAGCUAUGAUGGCGCCAUCUAUGCAAACCUUUGACAGUUGCCAACCCCAUUAAUUUUGACAUUCGCUGAAAACGCGAUUAAUUACCUUGGUUUGGUUACGGAAAAUCCUGAAAAACCAGAUUAAUUUACUGAUAUCGACGUUAAUCAAGUAUACUUAGGUGCAAAACAAUUAUAUUUCAUUCAUCGGAUCGGAUAUAGCCCAAAAUGUCCGCUGAAUUAGUUGUUACGGGUCUACCCGGCGAUGUGACUUUUCCGAAAAUAUUAAGCUCGUUCCGGAUGUUAUUAAAAAGAAUACACAUAAAGCAGUUCUGGAUACGCGAUAUCGCCGACGUGCAGGGUUAUUUAAAGCAAAUAACUAUCAAAUUGAGUACCAAUGCCGAUGCACGUAAAGCUCGGAACUAUUUGGACAACAUGCCAUUUAACUUUAAUAUGAUGGAGUACCCAAUGCAGGCGUAUAUUCCUGGAAACCAGGAUGAAUCCAUGAAUUUUGUGAAUGAGGAUGAAUAUGAAGACUGGGGACGCAAGCGAAAGCCGAAGCGUACGAGGGCGCGGUCUCGCAGCCCGGGGUACAGGCAGGAGGCGUCUAAACUUGAUAUGGAGAUAGAGUUACUGAGGAAGCAGAGGCAGGUGAUAGAAGAAGAAAGAAGAUUGCUUAUGGAGCAAAAGAAGUUGGAGAUGAUCAAGGAAUACGGGCCGAGCGUCUCGCGGGAGUUCGAUAAUUUCAAAGAUUACGAACCACCUCGCAAGAGACGCCAGCCUGAACCUGUACCAAAAGUAAAAAGACCUCAUCAGGAGGCCCAGAGGGUCCCAAAAACCCUCAAGGGCUCCAAAAACCAACCCCGCUUGCCCCUAUUCUUCCAACCGUGCAAGAAGCUUAUAGGCCAAAUGAAACCAAUCAUAGACAAGGAUACUACUCCUGAGGAAGCUGAAAUUCUGAUUAAACUGAUCAGAGCUGCUAUUAGAAAGGAUUUGGCUAUAGCUUUAGAGAAUAAAGAAUAUAUGAAACAUGUGGAGAUAGUUGACUUGUACAGAAAGAGACAUCCGCAAGAGCAAGAUGAAGCUUUUGUUGCUAAAAUUUUGGCUAAUAUAAGAGCAAGUUUUCUGACUCCUGAAGUAAAAAUUAAAGAGGAAAAAGACACUGAGGAUGAAGUCCCGAAAGACACUGAAAAUGAAGUAAAUGACAAAAAGGGGGAAGCCGAUGAAAAUGCUAAUGAUGAAAAAACACCGGAGGGACCGGAAAAUGGAGAAAAAGAAACAGAUGUCGCUACCGCUACAACAGAUGGUGCCGUGACAGCCGAACCGAAGUCUCAAGAGGAUGGGAACCCUGUAGAGGACGAAGCUGACAAGACCAAUGAAACUGCAUUCGUCGCAGCCGAUAAUAGUGUGUUGGAUGAGAUGGAUAAGGUAAAGGAGGAGGAAUUGUUGGCAGAUGAGGAACCGAAGCCCGCUGACGGGGCUGCAGAGCAGUGAAGUUUGCUAUAGAUACAUGUGACGUUCCAAUUCCAUGGAUAAAGGUACUUUAUGGCGGUCAGUUCUAGGCAACGUAAGCACCAACAGCCAUAAAGUACCUUUACCCGUAGAACGUCACAUAUACGUGUAAUAAUAAUAUUAUCUUAGCCAAGUAAGAUAUAUUAUGUAUCAAUAAGAAAUAAAAAAAUUGUGAUUA